AUGUUCGGAAUUUGGGGUCCCGGAUUUAUGAGAUGGUUCCUAUUCUCGGUCUGUACCUGGUUCGGCGGGCCACGGUCUUUUUGUCACCCGCGGAUGCUCAUGGAUUCAUUUGAUUUGAAUCUUGCUACGUCUGUUAUAAAUUUGUCAAUGGUGUGGUUGCUUGUGUUGAUGACUUGA